AUAGUUACUGGUGUUAAAUGUUGUGCAGGCGCGGAUUUAGACUAGGUCAACCCUGUCACGCGACCUAGUAAAAAAAUGCCGAGGAUUGAAAUCGAAUUCUGUCGAAUUUACCCAGAAUCUGAAGAUCGAAAUAUUUCUCCUUGUUUUCUCAUAACGCGAAUUGGAUCAACCUAUGUUGACCUGACCUGUGUUAGCCAGUCUUGGCUCUAGGUUAUCCCGCGAGGCUUUUACCGUCGACUAGAAUCAAACCUAUGUGGGCCCGACCUAUUUUGAGUCAGAAAUUUUGAAGUCAGCCCAGUCUUGGCUCUAGGUUAUCCCGCGAGGCUUUUACCGUCGACAAGAAUCAAACCUAUGUUGGCCUGACCUAUUUUUAGUCAGAAAUUUUGAAGCCAGCCAGUCUUGGCUCUAGGUUAUCCCGUGAGGCUUUCACCAUACACUAGAGUCAACCUAUCUUGGCCUGACCUAUUUUUAGUCAGAAAUUUUGAAGCCAGCCAGUCUUGGCUCUAGGUUAUCCCGUGAGGCUUUCACCAUACACUAGAGUCAACCUAUCUUGGCCUGACCUAUUUUUAGUCAGAAAUUUUGAAGCCAGCCAGUCUUGGCUCUAGGUUAUCCCGUGAGGCUUUCACCGUUGACUAGAAUCAACCUAUGUGGGCCUGACCUAUUUUUAGUCAGAAAGUUUUAAACAAACCUGUCAAAAUUUGUAGCAUGUUGGUAUAAAUAUAAGUAAGGCAUGCGGAAGAUUCUUUCCGUUCUCAACAUGGCUUGCAAGAGCUUGAGAGAGCGUGUGGAGUUAGUUUUUGAAAACGAAAAUUUUGAUGAGCUACCUCAAAUUUACGCCGAAUUAAAUAAAAAGUUUAAAUGUAAUUCUGUUUUGCCAUCUACUGACGUGUUGCAAAAACAACUUACUUUUGGUUUUAUCCAAAGAAAUUGCCAUGCAGAAUACUACCUUCCUGCCUAUGUGAAAGCAAAGAAGGAUGGUUGCGCAAUUACGUUGAAGUCUCAGGUCAAUGGAAAUUGCCUGUACAGUUCUAUGGCGUUGUGUUUGUUUGGGAAAAAUGUGAUGGUUGACGACUUACGAAUUCUUGUGUCAGUGGAGCUAAUGAUGAAUGCUAGCUUUUACUGUAAGCAUCCUCUAUUUUCUUCUAUCCUUGCUCUUCCAGAAAGUCUCUUUAAAUCUAUGGAAGAUAUUCUCAAUAUGUCUGUCUGCAAUUCUGCAUUUAACACAGACAAAAAACAAGAAGACUUAGUUAAGGAGGUGGCCAUUUUAAAUUUAGUAGAUCGGAAAUAUUGUUCCUUUCUUGCUAUGCUUGCUCUGUCAUCUGUCACAAACAGGAAUAUAUUUUCUUAUUACCCAGAUUAUGGAUGCAAAAAAGCUCAAAUGUUGUUUAACCAAUUAAUAGAGCCUAGACAACCAAGCUCUGCUUUUGCUAUUCACAUUUUGUUUUGCUAUGAGGGCUUACUUCCAUCCAGAGAAAAUUUUGCACCUAAUCAUUUCGUUCCAAUUAUUUUUAAGCAGAUACGUAAACGCAAGUCAGGUUCAGCUGCGGACACAAAAGUUUUAUCUCCUCCUGUGAAAAGGCAAACAAGGUUUUUUCCGGAUGCACAGGCAACAGGGAAAUUAUCUCUUGUAAAACCUGUGAUUAAAGAUAAACAGUUUAAUUUCUUUCCUAAUAAAGCUUCUUUUAACAAUAAACUAACUGAAGAUUAUAAAGAUAGUAACAAUAAUAGCACAUCUGCUGAAGAUUUUAAUAACAAUGACAAAGCUUUAAAUGAUAUUUCCUUUGCUACUGUUUUAAAUUUUGAACAUCAAUAUGACGUUGCCUCUUUCCUUUCUAAAGUUUCAGGUCUAGAUGAUAAAGGUGUACACAAGCUAAUCACCAAUGUUUUUGGGCCCGAUAAAUCUUUUAUAUUUCCUAAAAAAAGUGGGCGUUCCUUUCGGCAUGAAUGGCUAAAGACCUUUUCAUGGCUUAAAUAUUCACCAACUUUGGAUGGAGCAUUUUGUUUGCCAUGUAUCCUUAUUGGUCACAAGGUUGCUAACAAAACUUCUAAGUUACAGAAAUUGCUUUCUCAACCUUUUCGACAUUGGCCAGCUGCCAAAAACUUUUUUAAACAACAUGAAACAUCAAAAAAUGGUUUACAUAUUCAAACCAGCCUAACUUUUAGUGCAUUUGUAAAGAAUUUUUUAGGACAAACUCAACCAAUCAGUGUAAUCAUAGAUUCCAACUACAAAAAACAGGUUGCUGAAAAUCGAAAGUUCUUAACACCAAUUGUUGACACCAUAAUUUUAUGUGGUCGUGUUUGUAUUCCUCUUCGUGGCCACAGGGAUGAUAGUAAAUAUCAUCCUGAAUUACCUUCUUUUUAGUUUUUUUCAUUUACCUUCUUACAGUAGUUAUAUACAGUACAUUUGUUUUUGCGAUGAUGUGACAAAACAGCAAGCUGCAAUGAUAAUACUUAACCCUCUGCAAAUUUUACAAUCAUCAUACGAUGAUGUAACAAAACAGCAAGCUGUAAUGAUAAUACUCAACCCUCUGAAAAUUUUACAAUCAUCAUACGAUGAUGUGACAAAACAGCUAGCUGCAAUGAUAAUUAAUUCCUGUGCGUGCAGUUGACAGAGCCAUU